AUGGCAGCGCAGCCGUCUGAUGAUGAAAUCAGGAAUUUUUAUGACUUUACAGGCUCUAAUAUUCCCAAGAAGGAGGUGAUUGCGCGGUAUCAGGGCAACAACAGCGACAUCUCACAAGCUGUCGCAGAGUGGUUCGAUGAUCCUACUAGCCAAAAGUACACAUACAGGUGGGACGAAGACCAGUUCAACAGUGAUCGGGAUGGUGGACCGAGAGAGCAAAACACUCACGGUGUCGCGUUUGAUAUUCAAGGCCCCGAUGUCACCGCUCCCUCCUACAAUCAUUACGAUGGCAAUGGCCUGGCUUCCAGGCCGCCUUCUCGAACGAGCCAUAAUAAAUCACCACUGGGUAAGAUAAUAGACCUAACUGCCGAGCACGCACUUGCCGAUCCGCGAAACUCCUUGCCCUUUGCCCAACAUGAGGAUAGUGAUUUGGAGCAGGCUCUCCGUGCCUCCAGAGCGGAAGCCGGCCUGGAACCACAAGAAAGCGGAAUUGCCAAUGCCAGCGAACCUAUUUUCGGUCCUGCCACUCGCAGCCAAUAUGAAACUGGCAAAUGGGACAUGGUGAUCGCAGGCAAAACCUCUGUUACUGAAAUAGUGGCAGACCCUGAGCCAGCGGAGCGAAAACGCGAUCUCGACGUCCCAGCCUUCCUCAAGCCAAGCGUCGAAGACCAUCGUCUGAAUGCCCUCUUGACAAUCUACCAUGAGAUUCCCCUCAUCCGACAAAUUUUCCUACCCCACGAUGGUCACGACCAGGCUCCAAAUUAUGGUUACGAUAAAGAGUGGUGGGCUGGCAAGGCAAUCGAUAUUCGUUCGGUCUUUGAAGAAGGCAUAACACCACCCAGUGAGGUGAAUAUGGAGCUCCAACGUCUUAUGGCUUUUUUGAACAAGACAGACCGAAGUUACGGCUCCACAGAAGCCCUUGCAAACCUGAAGGAUGUGAAAAAGGAACUGCGGAAGGACCCAAAUAAGCCAAAGGCAGCGGUGCUGAGGGCCUGGAAAAAUGGUAUGCCAGAUGGUCAGUACAAAGAUGAAAAGGUUAGCAAACUUUUCAGCGUGGGUGUACUUUCUGAGGCAGAAGAGAGCAACCCACAGGAGUUCGGCAUUUUGGAGCUAGCCUUGCCAGAUACAGACUCCUAUCAGGAGACGCUCUACGAUAUUGCAGAUGAGGCCUUGUGGCAUUCUCUUGAACCAUUGAACUUGGAUAAAAGCCCUUACCUCUCUCAUGUGGCUGACGUCAUUGCAUUUCAAAUCGAGGGAGACGAAACCAAAAAGAACAUCGAGGUUCCUAUCACAUGGUACCCAGAUCGUUAUCUGAAACCAGCAAGACAGGCUGCACUGGAUAUGCGAUUGGAGAAGAAGGAGAUGGCCGAAAGACUAGAGCAGAACUUGCGUCUGCAAGAGUCUCUUACGAAUCAUCACGGGUCCAACGGGAAAACUAUCAAAGUGAAAGAUCUCCUUAAUGCAGCUCUUCAGCACGAGCAGGUUGAGAACUCUGAUGGUGAAAUCGAGGCGCAAAUCCAAGUUGUAGAGGAUGAAGAAGGGGAUCUUGCUGCUCGGGAGUCUGCUAAGAAAACUGCUUAUCUUUCAGCGCAGCUUCGAAACCUGGUGACAAAUAUCGACAACAAACUAAAAUCUCUGAAUGAAGAAAAGGAGAAGUCUAUCGAUGCAUUACGCAAGCUAUCAACGUUGUAUACCGAUCCUUCCUCGGAGGUAGAUCCAGCUGCGCCCAAACUCCACAAGUACACACUCAGAGGUGUCAGCACAACGAAGAGCACGAUGUACGUCUGUAGGCGCGCCGAGCCUGAUCUAAUAGAUAUAGAUCUUGACGGUGAAGAGCCAAAGUCGAAUGGUGACCAGUGGUGGCGGAUUCAUUAUGCGUCUUUUGGCUCCAAUCCAGUAACCAUAGAGAAAACUACGGAAGAAAAGGUUCUCGAAGCUACAAAGAGCGAGAGCAAGACCAUGAUGCUAGUUUAUGCCAGUGAAGAGGCUAUGAACUUUGAAGCGAAGCCCCUUCCUGCUAAUCUUGAGGCCUUCGUUCACAUGGACAACCGAGCAUUCAAGGCUGAGCUGAUCGAGGGUGGUAGUUCACAAACUCAAGUUUCAUCUCCAGGGAAGCGCAAAUUUGACCAAAGCGAAGCAGAGGUAUCGUCAGAAGCAACUCCGUCACGAUGGGAUAGUGGUGCAAGUCCAAAGGGAAAUCAGAGUGCGAUGAGUGGCGAGAUGAGCAAUCACGUUGAUUAUCUACAAGACCCUGAAAUCAUUAUCGGCGUUGACCCAAACGGCAUUGAGAGCAAUGAACAGCCCGUGGGUCAGGAAAUGCAGGAGCGCAGCAGCAUGAUGAUGAUGGCGGGCAUGAGCCAGGAAAAGUCUACGAUCGACAGUAUGGAUCUGGAUGAGGUUAUUGAGGAUGAGCACCCGGCGGGAGAGAGUGCAGCUGUGAAACGUGUUGGAUUUUCGGAAUGA